AUGGCAGCCGAGCCUGAUGGAGGCACUCCGGCGCUUACGAAGGUCCGGGAUUUCCUGAUCUCGACUUGUGGAUCUGUUCUGAAAGCCUGGCUGGCUUACUUCGAUGUGGACCUGGACUACAGGGUCUCCAAGAUCGAGUUUGCCGAUGGCAUGCGGAACCUCGGGUACACGGCCGGGGAGCUCCACAAGCUGUUUGCCGAGAUAGAUGCCGAUGGCUCCGGCGAGAUUGUGCUGGAUGAGCUGGAUGAGGAGCAGGCCAUGCUGUGGAACACCUUCCGCUCGUGGGCCGUUCAGAAUUUCGUGAGCGUAGAGGACAUGAUGCUCAGCUUGACGGAGGAUGAAAGCACAACAAAUCUUUCCACGAAGGACUUGGAAUGCGUUUCGCAGGAAGGCUUCUGCAAGAGGCUUCCAGAGCUCAACUGGAAGGCCGGGCAAGAAGAGCUUCUCUUCUCAGUCUUAGACUUCGACGGGGACGGCCUUCUCAGACCGAGCUGCUUCCGUUGGUUGGGAAUUGAGCUGAAGCGACUUCAGCGGAAGCGCGCGGCUAAAGCCAGUGCAGUCAAGAAGAAGCCUUCCGGACUGCAGCAAAGCGCAUUGGAGCAAGAGUUGCACGAGUUCAAAGAAGAUCUCCGAAGAAGGUUCGGUGGCGGCAACCUGACUAGGGCAUGGCGCCUGAGUCUGUCUGACACGAGCGUCCUUCCCAGGACGCGCUUCCUGAAGGCAUGUGCCAAGAUGGGAUAUGCCAAGAAAGGAAAAGACCUAUGGAAGAUGAUGGACAAGACCGGGAGUGGCUUUGCCUCCGUAGAUGAGAUUGACCCGAGAACGGCGCAGGUUGUGGCUCACUUCAAGAAGUUCUUGGAUGAGCGCUUCGAAGACUACCAUGCUGCCUUCGAAGAGUUAGAUCUUGAUGGCACGCGGAAGAUUCGGCUGCGACAGUUCCAACAAGGGCUGCAGAAGCUUGGGUUCCCUUUCCACACGCAGGCGGCGACGCUUUUUGCUGUCCUAGAUCUGGAUUGUAAUCACGUCAUCGAUGAGGAUGACUUGCACUUCCUGGAGAAAUGGAGCCCUCUACCCUUCCUCACGGCAACUCCCAACCUGAAUGCGAAAGACGGAGUCAAGAAGCUCCUUUUACAUCGCUACCACCGUCCCGUGAAAGUCUGGCGGCAGCUUCUGGAUCGGGAUGGCAGCAACCGAUGUAACUGGCAUGAGUUCCUCUUCGCCUGCAAGGCCUGCGGAUUUCAUGGUGACAUCCCUGGAGCGUGGCGUGCACUGGACGCAGAUCUUAUUGGGUACAUUACCUUGAAAGAGCUGGACGAAGACAGCUACAACACGCUCAUGGAAUUCAGGACCUGGGCAUUGGACGAGUUUGGUUCGGCAAAGGGUGCCUUUACCGUCUUCGACCGUGAUGGAUCCAAUACUUUGACAUUCCAGGAGUUCCGGGCGGCCUGCAAGAUCUAUGGCUAUGAGGGCCAUGCGAAGGGUCUCUUCUCGGCCUUGGAUGUGACAGCCGAGGGCACGCUGUCCUUGAAAGAGGUUGCCUUCCUGGAUGACUGGCGAGAGGACCCGGAGGCGGUAAAGAAGGCUCGAAAUGCCAUUGCGGGCUAUCUUCUGUCUCCCAUCAGCCAGCGCUCUGAGGGUGCGAGACGAGGAGGAUUGGUUGCAGGCUUCCAAAACGUGAAGGAGAUGCAACGGAAGUUGUUAGAUAUGGAGCGUGCCAAAGAAGCUGCGAUGCAGUGGCAUUCACCGGUGGCAAAGCCGAUGGAGCUUGUGGACCUUUGCAGGAGACAUCCGUAUUGA